GUUCAGUUUACUCAUCUCAUGUCACUUCAACCUUCAGUUCUGAUGAGAAAAAUGCUAUUUUAUGGCUUUUCCUAAGAGGAAAUUUCCUUUUGAAUGAAGGACUUCCAGAUGUAACUUCUAUAUGAGAUGCACAACAGCUGUGUUUUCUGGAGGUUACCUUACACAAACGUGUCCACAAAUGAACACAUGAAUCAUUUAAGAUGAUGGAUGAGGGUGUCCCAAGAAAGCUUUAAACAUAAUUUCUGAUCAUCAGAAGAAAAAUCAAUGCAUUGCUCAUUUUUUAUGAGUGCAUUUCCACAUUUCCAACACCUCAAGUGUUGCAGAACUUUUUAAAAGACAACCCGCCAUGCUCAGAAGGUGGCUGCUGUACCUGGUGGCCAGAAUGGGCCUCAUCACUCUGGGCCUCUGCUGCUGUCUGCUGCUGCUUUACCUCCUGGCCUGCAGACCGGCGUCCCACAGCAAACAGCAGCCUCUGCAGUGGUCUGGAGGCACCACCAGCAAGGAAGGAUACAUGGCCUUGUUGCAGGAGAGGGAGGACUCCCACAGACAUUACGUCAACAGUCUGACGAAGCAGAUAUCUGAGCUGAAGGAGGCUCUCCUGGAGAGAACGCAGCAGCUUCACGAGUCCCUAGAGCAAGCUAAAAGUAAAGGGAUUCUGCCUCAGGGUCUGGAGAGCCUGCACAAAAACCCGACAGAGUCUGACCUCAAGGAGUUCUUCCGUUCCCAGCUGAUCCAGGCGGAGGUGAACUCAGGUGUGAACCUGCCCAAUGAGUACGCUCUUACUCCUUUUGACACUUUCACCCUGCAGACGGUUUACCAGCUGGAAGGUGGACUGUCAAGACACCCAGCUGAGAGGCCUGCGAGGAAAGACCGCAGAGAUGAGCUGAUCAGCGCAGUGGAAACAGCUCUGCACAUCCUGAACGGACCCCAACAGCACAGAGACGGCGCCAAGAGGAAACAAACCUACUCACCUGCAGACUUCAUACAGGGGCUGACUCGCAUAGAGCGGGACAGAGGAAGUGUUUACGAACUGAUGUUCAAAGGGGACGGAUCUCGGGACUUCAGGACGCUUGUCCUCUUCAGGCCGUUUGGUCCGGUGAUGAAGGUGAAGAGUGAGAGCGUGAACACCCAUGGCGUAGUCAUCAACAUCAUUGUCCCACUCUCCAAGAGGUUGGAGGCGUUUAAGCAGUUCAUCAACAACUUCAGAGAAGCAGGAAUCCAGCAGGACGGCAGGGUUCAUCUGACUGUGGUGUAUUUUGGCCGAGAUCAGAUUGAGCAGGUGAAAGCUUUAAUGGAUCGGACCACCAGGGAGACGCGGUUCAGGAGUUUCACGCUGAUUCAGGUGAACGAGGAGUUUUCCCGCGGCCGAGGCCUGGAGGUAGGCGCCAGGGCUUGGCGGCACAAACAGAACGUCCUGCUCUUCUUCUGUGACGUGGACGUCCACUUCACCGCCGACUUCUUGACUUCUUGUCGCCUGAACGCAGAACCUGGAAAGAAAGUGUACUACCCAGUCCUGUUCAGUCAGUAUAAUCCAGCCAUCAUCUACAGCAAUCAAACUCUCCGACCUUCUCUUCAGCAGCAGCUGGUGAUAAGGAAGGAAAAUGGAUUCUGGCGGGACUUUGGGUUUGGGAUGACGUGUCAGUACAGAUCAGAUUUCAUCAAUAUAGGUGGAUUUGACCGUAGCAUUAAAGGUUGGGGUCUGGAGGACGUGCAUGUCUACAGAAAGUACCUUCACAGUAAGAUGAUGGUGAUUCGUGCUCCGUCUCGCGGCCUUUUCCACUUGUGGCACGAGAAGAGCUGCUCAGACGAGCUUCCUGCAGACAAAUACAAGAUGUGCAUGCAGACGAAAGCCAUGAGUGAAGCCUCACAUGGCCAGCUGGGGGAGCUGUUCUUCAAACAGGAGAUAGAGCACCAUCUGGACUCCCAGAAACAGAAAUCUGAAAGCAUCUGAUGGGACACGUGAAUUCAGAUGACGGAUUUCUAUUGUUUAACAUGUUAUAAUGUAAUAAUUUAAAUGCUUCAUAAAUCAGGACAUUUUAAUUGAAUACUGAAGCACACAUUUUUAUUCUACGAAAGUUUUUGAGUAAACGCAGAAAAAAGAGGAUUUUAAAUAAAAGUGUUUGCUGUUUCUUAUGGACGUGGGGUCAACUUUUAUCAUUUUGCACAAAAAUAUUAAAGUCUAACUCAGAAUUGUCAAAGCAGAGAAACAUGAA